CCUCACCGGGCCCGCCUCCCACGUGCCCACGCAGACCCCGCCCACAGCCUCACCCAGGCCCCGCCUCCCACGUGCCCACGUAGACUCCGCCCACAGCCUCACCGGGCCCGCCUCCCACGUGCCCACGCCCACAGCCUCCCCAGGCCCCGCCUUCCACGUGCCCACCUCGGUGGGCGAGGUGCAGUGGGAGGCCGAGUUCUUCGCGCUGCAGGACAGCAACAAUAAGCUGGCGGGCGCGCUGCGGGAGGCCAACGCCGCGGCCGCCCAGUGGAGGCAGCAGCUGGAGGCCCAGCAAGCGGAGGCCGAGCGGCUGCGGCAGCGGGAGAUCCAGACGCUGCGGAGCCAGGCUGCGGGGCCCCGGGAGGCGCCCGAGGCCGCGGCGGAGCGCGAGGAGGCGCAGCAUAAGGUGCAGGUGCGCCCGCGCGGGGUCCACUGGACACCCCUCUGCCCGACG